GACAGUUCUAAUCAACACUCUUAUCGCCAAAAAAAGUUGUCGCAAUGUCGCUAGUUAAGCGUUAAUGUCCGCGUUUGUAACGUUUCCCCGCCCGGGUGGAUGAUUUCGCCUGUAGUGAAGUGUGGGCCGCGCUCGGGCCUGCUAAAGCUACACCGCUUCACAGGACUGCUUCUCAUUGGCUAAUCUGCUAGUUCUGCUAAGCUAACCGGCUAGUCGGCUAGCUUGAAAAUUGACGUUUUGAUGUUGGCCGUCCAUCUCAUGUCACUUGCCAUAGACCCGAGCAGGUUGUGUGCUGAUGGACACCCCCGAGAGCCCCACUCAGUCCCCACAAUCCCCUGAUGAGGAGAAAGGCUUGUCUGAUACUGAGCUUCUAGACUCACCAGAGUCUCCUACAGGGGAGAACAACAGGGUGUCUGACAGUGAGCUGCUGAAUGACGAAGAGGGUGAAAGAGAUGCGGCAGACUCUGACUUUGAAGAUGAAGGCAGAGCUGAGUUAAGUAGUGACGCUCCAGAGGAUAUCUCUGAUCAAGAAGAUGACGAACCGAAGCGUGCCGGAUAUUUGCCGGAAGGCAGGCAGCCUAUGAGCCGGUCAGUUAGGCAGGAACAAGAGGAGGAAGUCCCGGAGACACCCAGAUCACCAAACCCCAAUUCACCAGAACAGGAACGGCCCUUUUCCCCCUCUGAAAGAGAACAGGAGGAGGAUGGAGAAGAGGGGGCCGGUAUGAGUCGUCAAGGACUGGAUGAAGAGGAGGACGAUGAAGAUGAAAGGAGACUGAGGAGGCUUAAAUUGGUCAGCGAUUUAAAGGAGGAGUCACCCUCGGUAUCAAGAGAUUUGGAUGAGCACGAGCUAGACUAUGAUGAGGAAGUUCCUGAGGAGCCUAGCUCAGCUGCUCCAGAGGAGGAGGACUUAGAAAAGGGACCUGUUGCAGAAGAUGGGGAUGAGGAUGAGGAGGAAAAAGAUAAGAAGAGCAGAAAGAAGGAGAGAAAACUGAUCUUGCCUCCGGACCAGACAGAUGUUAAAAAAUCUGAGUCAAGAGGCCACGGGAGGACCAGGAGGGAUUCCUUCCGAGAUAAAAAGAAAGAUGAGGAUGAUGGAGAAAUCGAUGAAGGAGAGAUUGAUGACGAUGAUCUUGAGGAGGGUGAGGUGAAGGACCCUACGGACAGAAAAAUUCGACCUAGACCUAUCUGCAGGUUCUUCAUGAAAGGUAACUGCACUUGGGGAAUGAUCUGUAGGUUUAUUCACCCUGGGGUCAACGACAAAGGCAAUUAUUCCCUCAUCUCCAAACCCGACAUGUUUCCACCAAACGGAGCGCCUCCUGGAGGCGGAGGCCCUCACCCCCUUAUGCCCUCCAACCCCUGGUUGGGUCCUCCGGUCGAGGAACUGCCUCCUCCUCCUCCGCCUGCAGAGCCUCCAGUGGAGAGUGCCUGGGAGAGAGGACUCAGACAUGCCAAAGAGGUGUUGAAGAAAGCCACAAUACGCAAAGAGCAGGAGCCUGACUUUGAGGAAAAACGCUUUAACGUUACCAUUGGUGAAGACGAAUGGGAUUUUGACAAGGAAAAUGAAUUCUUCAGGGAGCGAGGUUAUCGCAUUACCAGAGAAAUUCGAGAUCCUGGUGAAAUUGAAUUCAGAGAACCAGUUUAUAGUGAACCAUACGGUGACCCUUAUUACGACUAUGAAAUGGAAGCGCUUUGGAGAGGUGGCCAGUAUGAGAACUUUCGAGUGCAGUACACUGAAACCCCUCUACCAUAUCACUACAGCGAUCGAGAGCGGGAUAGAGACCCACGCGAGCGCCACCGCGAGAGGGAACGCGAGCGCGAGAGAGAUCACCGCGAGCGAGAGCGCAGGCAAAGAGAGCGGGAAAGGGAACGAGAGCGGGAGCGGGAAAAAGAAAGGUUGCGCAGGAAGGAUGAAUGGGAACGAGACCGUGUAAAGCGGGAAGAGAAAGAGGAAAGACACAGGGAGAGGCCUCUGAGAGAGCCACGGGAAAAGAAGGAAGAGAAGGAGAAGCCUCUUAAAACCCGAUCACCCGUCAGCAUACCACCCAGAGCUCCAAUGGAGGGACAGCCAAAGAAGGAAACCAUGCCUAUGCAGAAGCGGCCGGAUGAGUGGAAGGAUCCCUGGUGCAGGUCAAAAUCCCCCAGACGAAAGGCCGGACUCAUGGGUUCCCCAACACACGGGCGCAGACGACACAGGCCCUCUGGCUCAUCCGUGUCACUCUCCAACUCUUCACGGUCUUCGUCACGGUCUUCAACAUAUUCAGGUUCCGGUUCCUCUCGCUCGAGGUCACGCUCUCACUCUUCAUCUCUCAACUCUUAUUCCACCCAUUCUUCUCAACACAGUUCCUUUACAGGCAGUCGUUCCAGAUCGAGGUCCUUCUCAUCCUCCCCAUCUCCUUCACCCGCCGCCCAGAGAAAUGCAGUCAGGAUUAAAACAGAGCAGCCUCCUGUAGGAGUUAAAGGCCACCUGCUGAAGCCUGGUGUGCAGCCCCCUCCUCGCAGGGAAAAAGGCCCUUCCAAGGUGAAUCCAGGUCCAGCGAUGCCAGUCAAACCCGUAAAACCCUUAGCUGAGGGGGGCAAACCACCCAAUCUUCGUGAGGGGGUCAAACCACCCAAUCUUCGUGAAGGGCCUAAGCCACCUCCACCCAAAGAACCAGGAAAACCUCCCGGUGUAAGGGAGGGCCGCAGGAAAGACCGGCAGCCGCACAAUCCUCGCAGAAGAACAUUAAGUGGAAGUGUGAGUGGAAGUGGCAGCAGUUUUUCAGGCUCCAGCUCUCGCUCCAGAUCCCGAUCCUCUUCAGCUUCUCUGUCUCACUCUGGAUCCCACAAAUCCAGGUCUCUGUCAGUGAGCAGCGUGUCGUCGGUUUCGUCUGCCUCCUCCAGCAGCAGCUCAGCGCGGAGUGCUGACUCGGAUGACAUGUAUGCCGAUCUCGCCAGCCCUGUUUCCUCAGCCAGCUCUCGUUCACCCACGCCGAGUCAUGCACGCAAGGAGAGAGGACCACCACGGGAGAGGGAGGCUAAUAAAGACAGAGGAAAACCAACAAAGAAAGAUGAGAUCUUAAAAGACGACAGGAAGAGAGUCGAUCAGUCUGGUCUCCAGCCCAAAGCCGACCCUGGAAUGCCCAGGUCUGGUCCUGGAAAUAGAGGGCCCCCGAUGAACCAGCCACCUAUGGGGUCUUCAGGGGGGUACGGGUCACAUAAGGAUAUUAAACUCACCCUUGUCAAUAAGCAACAGUCUGACAGGAGCAAUAGGAAGAGGUACUUCCCUGCAGACAAAGACAGACCAACAUCCCCUUCGAGUAAGAGGAUAGCACUGUCUCCUGAUAGAGGUCGAGACAGGAGACCUUUACGUUCUCCAGUCUCACCUAGGAUGGAUCGGGCCAGAGGUCAGGGCGCACGACUAAUGCCCCCACAUGGAGAAAGGAAGCGUCCCAUGUCUCCUCCACCCAGAUCCUUCGGGAAAAGUGGCGCAGCGUCAGCCGGUAAAGCUCCUCCAUCAGGCUCGAGGCCGGGUCCAGCCUCAGGCAAGCCCAGCAACACACUGUCCCGGCGCGAGGAGCUGCUGAAGCAGCUGAAGGCCGUGGAGGACGCAAUCGCACGCAAGAGGGCGAAGAUCCCCGGUAAAUGAGAAAAUGGGCCAGACUUGUUACAUGUGGCUGAUGGUCCCACCGGCCUCACAGGACACUGGCGUGGAUUCUUUGUCUUUAUGGUCACAGGUUGCUGAGUGUCCUGAGACGUAAAGGAACAUUUCUGCCAUUUCCCCUCAGAAAAGGUUGUCUGCAUUUUACCUUAAUGUGAUUUGGUAGCAGGGUGACAGUUCAUCCUUCAUUUUUGGCAGUAUGGAAGCUUACUGUAGUGUCUCGAGACUGAAAAUGUACUGUUAAUUUGUUUUUCCAGUGUUCCCUCCCCUUGCUCUCACCCCUGGCUUGUUUAUACUCUAUAGCUCGUCUCCUCAUGGUCAAAAUCAAAGUUUCCUCUAGAUUUUGACCCUGACUGACAACCGCCCCUGCUGUCUAGCUUUUGUCUGUUUGUUUAAUCUUGCAGGACCUCAGUUUUCCUGUGGGGCCCAUCCAAUUUAGUUUUCAGUGUUUAGCAUUUCCUGACUCUGUUCUGUACAAAUAUUGUAAACCAGAUUUCAAACCAACUCUCAAAAAUGUAUGAAACUAGAGAAUAAAGGACAGUGAUGUGCUGUAUUGCUUUUAUAACAUCUGCAUUCUGUUUUGUUUGUCCACUAGCUCUACACGUACAAUUGUAUUUUAUUUUGUUGCCUAUUUUUUAGAUGAAUGUGAGAGGCUGUGAUUGGGACAUUCUGAGAUGAGGAAGAAUGUGUCUUGCUUUUUUGUGACAGAGAAAGCUUCUAAAUAAACUAUUUUGAUAAAAGA